GCGUUAAGUGUGUCUGGGCACAGCUGUUCUCUAUGUAAGGGGAGGCUGUGUGGGAAUAGAUGUUACUGAGAAGUCAUGGCUGCAGCCAGCAUUUGUGUAAGUUGAGGUGGGCUGGAGCAGCUGACCUCUGCAAUGGCAUGUGAAUUCCUGUAGUAAACAAAGCAGGUAUUUUCUUUUAUUCUAUAAUCUAAUGGGAAACAUGGGAAAUUGAUGAGAUUUUAAAAUUCUUUUGACCUGCACCCUCUCCUAGCUAUUCCCAUGAGCCCCACCUGAACCCCCUCCCCUAGCCUAUUGAUCAGGGUGUUUUCCCAUGUGUCUCCAGGAUCUUCAUAUGCCUGUGAGCUGGAGACAAGUGGGAUGGCUCCUCAUCUAAUGUAGGGGGAUGAAGAUUUGAACCAAGGAAACAGAAUAGACCUUUCCCUCCAUCCUGCAGGUCACAGGCCCCAUAUUCUUGCAGUCAGGGCUUGGAGCUAUGGACACUUCACAACUGUGGAUGUGGGAAGGACUUGGCGACCAGCACCAUGGCCCAGUCAGCAUCCCUGACCAAUUCCCCAAUAACAUCAACCCCAGGGCAGCACCAGCACUCCUGAAGUAUCUGAAGAACUACCAUCCACCUUGCCAGUAUUGGAACCAUAGGAGGAAAUGAUGCCCACCGCACAGCAAGCAGAGCUCAUAGUACAGAGGCGAGAGGCUCUCCCCUCUCUACAGAGUAUGUUCCAGCUCCUCUCCCACUGCUGGUCACGGCUGCAGGCAAUACAGGAACCAAUCAGAAAAGUGACCCUCCUUGUCAUGGGCCUGGACAAUACAGGGAAAACCUCCCUCAUAAUGGAGAUACAGAGAGUGCUCUCAUGUGAGGUGCUCCCCACAACGAAGCCUAACCAGACAGAACUCAGAGUGGACCAGUUUGAAGUCUCCCUUGUCGACCUAUCCGGGGGGCAGAGGUUGCGGGGCAUAUGGCGUAAUCACUACGGUGACACUCAUGGGAUUAUCUUUGUUCUGGACUCCAGCGAUGUGCUGCGGAUGGAAGAGGCCAGGAAGACCUUGGGCCGUGUUCUGGCUCACCCUAGGAUUUCAGGGAAGCCCCUGUUACUGCUGGCCAAUAAACAGGACAAGGUUGAUGCCCUCCUCCCAUGUGAGCUGAUCGAAUGCCUGUCCCUGGAGAAGCUUGUGAACGAAAACAAGUCACUGUGCCGCAUCGAGCCAUCUUCAGCAAUCAAAAGUCUCCAUAAAAGCCAGUCCCGGACCAUCCUGCAGGGACUCCGCUGGCUCCUGCACACCAUUGCCAUCAACUACAGUGUCCUGAGUGCCCGGAUGCAAAAAGACAGCCCUGACCAGCCAGCCCCCGGAGAGCAAGAGGCUCCCAGGAGAGCAGCACGGACCCGCAGCCAAACACGGAGGGAGAGGGAGUUGCUGGCCAGAAGGGAGAGUUCCCAGGAAGGAAGCACCAAGAUAGGGGAGUACAAACUACUACAGCCCAUCCAGAACAUCCUCCCACAGAAAGAGGAAGGCCCAAGGGUACACAAGAGAAAGAAAAAGAAAGUGAAGGUGAAGAGGAAAGGGUUGGUGCAGUGUGGGAACAUGGCUGAUGAAGAGGAAGGGAAAACUUGGGGAGGAGAGAACAGAGCAAGUGCUGCCGUUGGGCUCCUCCACAGCAACAGAGUUGGCCAGGAGAAACCACUCCCCCAGCGGACAAUUCCUCUCCCGGCAGGGCAGAGCACAAAGAAGAAAAAGAAGAAAAUUAAAAAUAAAAUCAAGUCCCAGGAGUCCUCAUUGGAGCCACAGAACGAAGGCAUCUCGGGUACCUUUGACUUGUAUCGAAGGGCAAUGCUGGCUCUGAAAAUGAGGCAAGAGUGGAGGAAGCAGCCUUCUGCUGUCACUCCCUGAAGAAAAGCUCCAUAUUGUUGACCGCAAAAACGUGGUCUCCACCAGGCAUGAGGAGGUGAUGGCAGAUUGUUCUGUGCUGUUACUGCUGUUGGUGUUAGGUUCUAUGUUCCCCUCUACCAGUGCAAUGUAUCUGUGCUCCCAUUCAGAACCUCCCAAGUCCCAAAGGAUAAGUGUCCACGAGCAUGUGCAGUCAAUAUCAGCUCCAGCAGUGAGAUUGUCUAACCUAAUGGAAACUCUGCUUGAGAGACAAGAUUCUCAGGGCUCAUGGGCUACAAAGGUGGAGUCUCAAGCAUGAGUCUUCAAAAUGUAAAGACCAAUUUCCUUAUCCUAGGGACUGUGGGAAUGUUUGGGAUUCACACAUGUAAGCUGAAGUGUCACACGUGUAGCGAGUUCUGCCAGCAAACUGGAUGUAAACAUCGGAAUAAAAUGAAAUGGAACAUUUCUA